UUUUCAUUUUCUUUUUUAUUAAUUGUUUUUGGCAACGAGGUUCCAUUAUUUAGUGUCAUUUCAUUAAUGUUGUAGAGAUUGUGUCUGUUGUGUUUAUUUCAAUAAAGACCAACAUUUUUUUAGUAUAUUUUCAUCGAAACCAAUGUAUUUGUUUUAUUUUGUGGGACCAAAGUUAUUGUGCUAAAAUGGAUUCAUUCUUUGGUAACAUCGUUAAGGCAAAGUUUAACAAUCGUGAACAUCAAAUAAAACAAUCAUUGAUUGAUACACUGUCUGACAAUGCAAAAGAGAUUCAAUACGAAUUAAAAGAGGGUGCUAACGAUGAGAUGUGUGAACAAUUAUAUCUAUCUGAUCACACCCAAUCGUUGUGUGCAACGAUCGAAGCAAUUUUUCUGCACGGAUUGAAGGAUUCAUUUCUUUGGCAAACGGUGAACAUAUUAGUUGGAGCAGCCAGCGAAGCAAAUCGACGUCCAUCACCGACAUUUUGGGCUCCGUUGUUAGUUUUUUCCCACAAAUUUGCAAUCGAACAAAUCCAUUCAAUGCAACAAAUCAAUACUGAAGUUGGAUAUUGUCGAUGUUGGAUACGUCAAUCGCUCAACGACUGUUUGCUCUCCUCUUACUUCUCAAAUAUGCGCAAAAGUUCACAAGCUCUAGCACCAUACUAUCAACGCACAGCAUUUUUACGUGAUUCCGAUUUUAUGGAAUUGGCCGAAAGUUUAAUUGGAGGACUUGAAGCCUGCGUAUCAUUUGAUUUACCAUUAAAUUCGAGCUUAUUGAAUCAAUGGACGGAUUUACCAUUACAAUUGUCCGGUUUAUAUACACCAUCACUUCAGACAUACCCGAUUGCGUCAGGAAUCGAUGUGGCGAAUAAUACAGGCAUUUUGUAUACAUCGGUUUCCCCAGCAAAAAUUGCAGGCGAUAAACCAAUGCGAGAAAUUGUAGCCGAAGAUCGCAAUAUUCCGAUACCAAGGCCAUUGCAAACAAAUGAAUUUUUCUCGGCUUCAAUUCACAAUUCACCGUUGGAAUCGGCGAUGCCAAAUCGAAAAUCGACUUUUGUAAAACUGUAUGUAAGCGUUGAAGCGAUUGAAGAACCAACAAAUGUUGAUGUUGGUGUCGAUUGUUUUGAAGGCAUUGACGAUGACAUUGAGGAUGAUUUGAAAUUAAGUGCUUUACUCAGCCGAGUAGAUGCUAUGGCAACGGCAGAAAAAAGAGACUCACCAGAACCAUCAACGAGCACAAUUGCACGACAACAAGACGAAACAAAAACUGAAAAUAGAGAAUCGAUAUCGUUAAGCAACACAGAUAAUGAACAAAUUGUUAUUGAAACCGAAGAAUCGACAAAUCCAUUCAAUAAUACAUCACCUAUUAUGGGCAAUUCAUUGGUAUCACGAAUGGGCUGGUCAUCAAUGGACGAUAAAGAAUUUGAAAUUGCCGCCAAAUCAAACGAAGAAGAAUCAACAACACCCGUGCAAUCGAUGUCACGUCCGCUGAGUCGAUCGAAUAGUUUGAUCAAAUCACCGAUUGAUCGAUUUAGUUACAACUCACUGUUGCGACGUGGUGUUAAACGGGCACAAGAUGGUGACGAAUGCUUUACACGUCAAAUUGAUUUUAACGAUGUUUGGUUACGUUUUGAAAGUACAUUAGGAAUUACAUAUACAAAUGUGAAUUCUAACAACAAUGAUGGCGCCGAAACGAGCUCAUCAAAAUCAAUUGAUAAAUCUAGCAAACCAGAAGAAUCGGACGAAGACGGUUUUGUUGAUUUUGAAUUUGUACAAAGUGAUAGCUUGGCGAUGCAAUUUUCCAUGCCAGAGCUUCGAGAAAUGGUGCAACAAACAUUUAAAAUACCACGCGAAUCGGGAUUAGACUCACAAAAUUUCGCAUGCUUAUCGUGCGGUAAUCCACUUGGAGUAGGUGGCUCUGGCAUGACAACAACACAAGUUUGUGGUUUCAAUGGUGCAUACUAUUGUUCCGGAUGUAUGGCAACAGAUGCAUUUCAAAUUCCAGCUCGUGUGAUUUUCAAUUGGGACUUCAAAAAGUAUGCAGUUUCACAGAAGGCGGCCGCAUUCUUGCAAGAAUUUCAACAUCAGUCUUUUAUUGAUUUAAAAAUACUGAAUCCAGAUAUUUAUCAAUAUGUUGACGAAAUGGCCGAACUACAAUCACUAAGAAUACAAUUGAAUUUUAUACGGGCAUAUUUAUUUACAUGUUGUGCGCCAAUCAUUGAAAAGCUUCGCAAACAAUUAUGGACCAAAGAAUAUUUAUAUGAGCACAUUCAUCGGUAUACAUUUGCUGACCUGCAACGCAUUCCAAAGCGAGUUCUGGCCGAUCAAUUAAGAAAAGUGGUUGCAUUUGGACGUCAACAUAUACUUGAAUGUCCUUUAUGCAGUCAAAAAGGAUUCAUCUGUGAGAUAUGUCAAAGCAACAAAGUACUUUAUCCAUUCGAUAUUGAUACCACGUACAAAUGUGAUGAUUGUAGUGCUGUAUUCCACGCUGAAUGUCUUAGUUCAUUGCUGCCCUGUCCAAAAUGUGAACGAAAACGAAAACGUGAAGACUUACCUCUGCUCGAUGUGAUUCAUCAAAGUGAUGCAACUGAGGAAUUUGUUAGCAAAGAAAAUGAACAUUGUGUGCUGUAAAUGUACAGCGGAAGAAAAAGAACCUACUUGAAAUGAACUUUAGUUCAAAUGUUUGAGAACUACCUUUUUUAGCCAAUUCGAAUGGAUGAUGAUUAUUUCUGUAGAUGUAAACAAGUCAAUAAUUGUACAUAAAAAAGUUAAUAUACGUAAAUGACAUUAUUUAA